CCAUUUUCCAAGCCCAAAUUCCCUUACGAGGCCGCAAUGACAACGCAGUGAGAUAUCGAUGCACCAUAUCGUGACGGGACGUAGUUUCCGACAAUGUGGUUAGAGUUAUUCUCCCCGCUCUUGGCAAACGUGGGGCUUCGCAGCUUAGCUUUGCGCAUCUUUCGACGAUAACGCAGGAACGAUAAACAACUUCAUCGCUACUCGUAGCUUCAGCUCAACACCUUCCUCAUACAAACUGGAUGCCAAGAGAGUGAUAUGCACGAUGUCGUGAUGUCAGACGCGACAUGACGGCUCGUAACCGGCGAGAUGGUAGAUUAAUGGCCGCGGAUGUAAGCGGAGUUGAGCGACGGUGAGUGGGAUGGUAGGACAGAGUAUAAGAUCUGAUGCCUGUUCGGAGAUAUCAGCGCACCAGGUCUGUUGACUCUUGAUCUUUCGGGCACCAUGCGCUUCUCAAACAUCGCGGUCGCUACUCUGGGUGCUAUCGCGAGUGCGGCACCGACAGCUUCGCAGUUCCAACCACGUCAAGCAACGACUGCCAGUGAGCGACUUGGUCUAACAUGGCUUGGCGGUAACAGUAGUUUGCCCAAAGUUCUUGUCCUAUUCACCGGAGGCACCAUUGCAGGAGGCUCAAUAUACGGUGCUCUGGACGACACACAAUACGGCCAGCUCAGUCAAACAGGAGAGGACAUUAUUGCCCGCAAUCCCUACCUUCUCAACAACACCCAACUGGCCGUCUCGAACUGGACCACAGAAGACGACGGCUCAACAGGAACAAAUGACGCUCUAGUCAUGAACAUGACGCGUUUCGCCUACGAUGCACUCUGCUCAGAAGACAGCGACAUUGUCGGUGCAGUAUACACCCACGGCACCAACUCUCUCGAAGAAACAGCCUUCCUCAUGGACUCGCUCGUAAACUGCGGAAAGCCCAUUGUCGGUACCGGAAGCAUGCGUCCAUUCACCCAUCUCUCCUGGGACGGAGAAGCCAACUUCUUCGACGCUGUGAUGCUAGCUGCAAGCCCUGAGUCGCAGAACCGAGGUCUAAUGGUGGCUUUCAACGCGCGCAUCAUACCGGGAUAUUGGGUCACGAAGCUGCAUUCGACGAACCCGGAUGCUUUUGGUCCUACGUCUGGUGGGGAUCUGGGCAUGUUUAUCAACAGUCUGCCCAUCUUCUUCAAUACGCCGAGCCAGCCGUUGUACAAGUACUACUUCGAUAUCGGCACCGUGUCUUCUCAUCCUACGUACCCUGCGCUUCCAAAGGUCGACAUCCUCUACGCAGCCCGCGAGUUCGAUGGCAAACUAGUGCUGGACGCGCAAGCCAAUGGCGCUGAAGGUGUCGUUAUUGCGGGUACUGGUAACGGCGGCGUACCAAGUGGUCAGGAAGAGAUUACUGAAGCGUUGGACAGCGGGCUUCAGAUCGUUGUGGGAACUCGCAGUCCGCAUGGACCGUCUAGUCCGGCUCGAGCACCUACGUUCGCGAAGUCAGGGUUUGUGCAUCCUAUUCAAGCGAGGAUCAUGCUCCAGCUGGCCAUUGCGAGCGGGAUGAAUAUGAAUCAGACGAUUGAUGUGUUUGAGGGUGGUUUCAGGAAGGCUAUUGGGCAACCUUGGGAUCCAAGCAGCUAAAGAUGAGAUAUGUAACUAAUGACCCACACUAAUGAAGACAGAACUUUGAAUACCGA